GACCUCGCUCCAGUGAAUCUGACCAACGCCUUCACUCACACUUGCUGCACACCUCACUCCCCUCACUCACCAGAGAAACCGACGCUGAAGCAGAAACUUACAGUGACUCCACAAGCUGGUGACGCUGCCACUGUCCACGCCCUUUCCCUCACUCCAAGCCCAGCGCCAUCCUCCAUGGAUCGCCUCGGAACGCUCACCUGGACCAAGAACUCAUACGCCUAACCUCUACUUCCCGUGGCCUAGUCUAGGGCCCAAUAUCCAGCACCAGCGUCUAUGUGGUGCAUUGAGAUCCCCACAAAAGCAUGGAGUUGCUCGCGCGCGAGCGAGCGGCGGAACAGAAUGUGCAAUACUAUCUGAAGAACACCGAAGAGCCGGUGGUGAAGCUCCUCCAGGCCUUUGAGGAAUACCGUCAUGCAUGCCAAAACGUCAUCUUCUCAAACUUUGAGGAAGAGGCCGACCGCAAAGGUCGAGUGCUGUGGCACACGCACACGCAGGGGAAGAAGUUCUUCCACGACGCCCUCAGCGGGCUGCGAAAGCAGCCUGGUGACAAGAGCGUCGCGCUGCGCCAGCUCGUCAAGUUUUACCUACAGUUCAUAAAGGACAGUCAACGCUUCUAUCGCGACUUCAUCCACCACCUGAGUGUCACCUUCGGCGGCAUCUCGGCGCUGGAAGCCGUGGCGCAUCAGGUGAAGAGUGCAGCCUUGGGUGAAAGCUCACAGGCGGUCGCAUCACCGGCACUGCAGGUCAAAGUUCUUCAAUCCUGCCACCAGUCCCUCAUUUGUCUCGGCGAUCUCUCCCGCUACCGGGCAUCGGAGCAGCUCGACAAGAAUCCCGACUUUGGUCCGGCGGUCGGCUACUAUGGCUUGGCGUGUACAUUACUGCCAUCUUCUGGCAUGGGCCAUCAUCAACUGGCUGUCGUUGCGUUGGAGCAACGGAAUCACAUGCGCGCAAUCUACCAUCUGUACCGCGCAAUGGUCGUCGAGGAUCCACACCCUAAUGCUGCCACGAAUCUCAAGCGCGAGUUUGUUAAGACGAACUCGGCUUGGGACCGCGGUGAGCUCAUCCCCAAAGGCUCUCCCAACCAGUCGGAUGCCUCGAAGCGCACACUCGUUGGCUGGUUUGUGCGCCUACACAGCAUCUCCUUCAACGGCGAGCACUUUCGUGGAUAUAACGAACUUGAGAAUGAAGUUCUCGGCCAGCUCGCUGCUGAGACAAAGCAACGCCCUCUCGACAGUACGCUCGUGAGGAUGCUCAUGGUGAAUCUUGCUGCUCAAUACAACGCCGGCGAGAUUUUUCAACAGACCCCGAUUGAACAGAAUCAACAUGCGUUUCUGCAAUUCUUCCGCAUCAAUACCAAGACCUUCGCGACUCUGCUGCGUGUAUUCUACGAAGACCUCGGGACCAUUGACCUCAGCACAGUCGAGGAUGAUGAUGCCGGCCUUGCUGCGAGAAUUAGCGUAACAGCCCGCGGCAUUCUGCCUGCCCUCCGGCUUUAUAGCUCCUGGCUUCUCACGGUGAUCAACCUCCUUGGGGGGUUAUCAAACGACAAUACGCUGAAAGAGCCAAUCGACCAAUUCUGGCACAUGUAUGCCCGCACGAUUGACCUGGUUUCUGUCGCGUUUCCCAUCUGGGAUCUUGACGCGAUUACGGAGUUGCCUUAUCUUCUCGAAGAAGACGCUGAUACGAUCGGCUUCAAACCUCUUGUGCACGAACGUACGGACAAGGUGUGGCGCAGCAAAGUGAGCGGUCUCACGAAACCACGCUUCUCGGAGCAGGGUGUCGUGCAGCUUUCCGCAGAUGAAGAGAUGCUGGUGCGUGUCAAGGAAUUCUUGGUUGAUGGGCUGUUCUUGGCGAAUGAUGAGGACGACGCUCCCAUCAAGCUACGUGGUACCCGAAUUCUGCAUCGUGACGCGCAGGAUCCCGAUGUGCUUCCGGUGACUGUUCCGAAACAAGCCGUGAGCAAACCCGAGAACAAGCCACCUGCCAAGCCAUUGAGCUAUGCAGCAGCUGCUGCCAAUCGUAUACCUCAGGCUCGCGUGCUCCCUCCUGCGGAAGCAAAUGGAACCCGCCAGCCACCAAGCUCCUCGCAUCAGGCUAACGGCGUACCCGCCCCAGCUCCAGGCCUCUCACGGCACGAUCAACUCAGCCGGAUGGUAGAUGACCUGGUAGACGAAGACGACAGCAACGACCCCAUGACCCCUCCCCAACCCCACACCGCCCACCCCGCCGUGGUCAGCAAAAGCGACGUGUCGUACUCCACCCGCUCCAUUGGCCAGCCAGACCGCACGUCAACGCCAAAGUACGCAUAUCCGAACAAGCAGGCGCCUAUUGGUACCCCGGGUGCCGUCUCGCCGCCCCCUGUGCGUACUCCGCAAACCACGACUGCACCGGGCACGCCUUUGAACCGCUUACAGUCGCUUUCUGGCAUUUGGAACGAGGCUCAACAACAGCAGCAACAGCCGCUAUCUAGCUUCCCCCCUGGCCUGCCGACUGGCACUCUAGCCUCUCCGGCCCAACUGCACGACCACAGACACUCGCGCGUCAACUCAGCAGGCAGCAAUCGCAGCCAGGGAUCCCACGGCGUGAAUGCGAGUGUCCUGCAAUCAUCCUGGUCUCCUUCACAAUCCAUACUGCAAUCUACGGCCCCGCCAGGCUUGGCUCCAGGCUUCACAGGCGGGUUGGGAAGUUUGGAGCCGCCGGUGAAUGCUAGUCCGCUGCUGUUUGGUGCUGGUGGGAGUGUGUGGAGUCGGCAGCCUGUGGUUGGAGGGAGGAAUGCUACGCCUCCGCGUGGGCAGGGUGGGUGAUUGUAAGGAAAUGGGGAUAGGCAGAGUACGUCUUCGAUCAUUGAACAUUUCAAUGGAGGUAAUGCUGAUUACAUGGACAGGACAGAUUCUAUGCAGCUUGAAAGCUAUCGAUGCUCCUCGGGGAAGGUUUAACGUAUCGAAGAGGGAUGAGAAGGCCCGCUUUGACCCUCUGAUGGCAGUCCACUUGGAAUUGCCGUAGGAGGUGUCAAUCGACAUGCCAGCCCCUUGUUUCUCAGCUACGAAAAAGGCUCACGGUCCUUGGGGUUGGAAGAGGGGUUGGAGAUGGUGAGAAGUGAUUGAGAUUA